UCAACAGGCACUAGGACGCGGAUUUGAGCGGUGCCCGUCGUGUUCCUUUAUUGCAGUAAGAUGGCGGCGUGUAUGACAGCGAGCGGACGCGGGGAGCUUUUUAUUAAUAGUCCGAAUGAUUUGGUCCCGGAUUGGCAAAGACAAGAAGUCAGCACAGGGACCACCAUCAUGGCGGUGGAGUUUGAUGGUGGUGUGGUGAUCGGAGCUGACUCUCGCACUACAACUGGAGCCUACAUUGCUAACAGGGUGACUGAUAAACUCACGCCCAUUCAUGACCAUAUAUUCUGCUGCCGCUCCGGAUCUGCAGCAGACACUCAGGCCAUCGCUGAUGCCGUCAGCUACCAGCUCGGCUUUCACAGUAUUGAGCUGGAUGAACCCCCGCUGGUGCAGACGGCUGCUAGUCUGUUCAAGCACAUGUGCUACAAGUACAGAGAGGAGCUGAUGGCUGGAAUCAUCGUAGCAGGUUGGGACAAACGAAGAGGAGGACAGGUCUACACCGUGCCGAUGGGGGGGAUGUUGGUGAGGCAGCCCGUCUCUGUAGGCGGCUCCGGCAGCUCGUAUAUAUAUGGCUUUGUCGACUCGAACUACAGGAGCGGGAUGAACAAAGAGGAGUGUUUACGCUUCACCGCUGAGGCUUUGGCUCUUGCUAUGGAAAGGGAUGGAUCCUCUGGCGGUGUGGUCAGACUGGCAGCCAUUACAGAGGAGGGGAUCGAUCGCAGCGUCAUUCUUGGGAAUCAACUUCCCAAAUUCUCCACUGCCUAAGAUCUGUUUGUGCUUUAUAUCAGUAGCCGUUAUACACGCUGUAACUCUUUAUUUUUUCAAUAUUGUCAUUUGUGGCUGCAUGUUAAAUGUUGGAGCGUCAGAUCCUUACAUUAACACACCGGACUGGUUGCUUAUUACGAUGAAAUAAAUGACAGGAUCUGUGUGACACUA